AUGUUCAACGGAUUCCACGCAAUGGCGCCCUCCGAUGCUGAACUAGCAACACAGUGUUUGACAGAGGAGGGCAAUUAUCGCUUCACGACAUUCUCAGCUUCUGAUGCGGUGACUCUUGGACUGUCGGUUCGCAAACGAUUUCGUGCAUCAUCCCGACACAUAAAGGGUAAAGGUCUUGUAUUAUCGAUCCAGACGAUUGCAGGUCAUACCCUCUUUGCGUGUACUGUUGGCGAUUUGGGUCACGUCAGUGGAAUUGGCGAUGUUAGCCUGGACAGCUGGGCCUGCCUGGAGGGGAUGAUCAAUGUUGUACGGCGCACUGGCCACUCCAGCUUCUACGUCGAAAAAGGCAUGAGUGCAAUGGGAAAAACUCCAAAGCAAAUGGGAAUCCAGGGGGAAUUUCGCGUCAAUGGUGGUGCUUUUACAGCCUUUCCGAUUUGGUUGGAAGUAGGAAUUGCCAUGAUCGAUUCUGGAGUGCUUUCAUGCUCACGGGCGACGUUAGAGUGCAUCCUGUUGCCCAAUUGCCAUCGCAGCCUGUUACUCUGGAGCCUCACAAGAAGAUCACAAUGUGCGUGCGCUCUUGGUCGUUUUGCGGGAUAUCGAGUAACGGGAGAGGCAAUUUAG